CGCGUCCCCUCGGAGCGGCGGCCGCUGACAGCUCCCCCCGCGCCGCCCAGAAACUCCUGCCUCAACUUUGCGUGUGUGCGCGGGGAGGGGAGGGUGAGGGGGUGUCCUCCCCGCCACCCGCCGGGAACCGUGCUUUUCCUUCCAAAAAAAAAAAGAGGGAGGGGGCAUAACAAGGGGGGGAAAAGCGCCGAGGAAACACCGUCAAAGCAUAGGGAGCACCCAGGGCGACGCUGAAAGCAGCCGCCGAGCGUCCUGGAAGGGAACGGACCCAAAAAGGAGAAGGGGGAAGUCAGCAGGACGAGAGAGACACAUGGAUGAUGAUGAUGAGGAUGAAGAUGAGGAUGGUGAUGGGGAUCCCGAUGCUCCUCCUGCUCCCGCGGCUCCUCUCCUCCUCACCUCCGCCUCCUCCACCUCCGCCUCGCAUCGCUGGCCUCAGCCGCCGCCGACCAGCACAGGUAGCAGGGGGAGCAGCAUGGGGAGAGCGGGAGGAGGAGGAGGGGAGCGGGGGGGGGAGAUGAGGGGGGGGGGGGUGCGAAGAGAAAGCGCAGAGGAAGGAAGGAAGGGUCUCACACACAAUAACCCCCUCCCCGGCUCGGCGGGGUCUGUCGUGGGGCUGGGGGAGGUGAGGAGAGCGAGCGAGCGAGCGAGCGAGAGAGAGACGCGGCUGGUCCCGCCGCUGGGCGCCCCCGCUCAGAGGCCCCGGGCGCUGGCGGCGGCUCCGGCUGCGGCGCUGCCCGGCUGCGGCGGCCGCCGCUUCAUUGUACCCUGGCCCUGCGCCCUCCCCCCGCGCAGAGCCCCCGGGGGCGGAGGAGGAGCGGGCGGCGGCGGCGGAGGCGGCGGGGGCCGAGGCCGAGCGGAGGAAGUUUUGACAGCUCCAGCUGUUGUGUGUGUGUGUCGAGGGGCUGAGUCCGGCCGGGCUCCGCGUCCCCUUCCCAGCCGGGCCGGGAGCAGGAAGUUUAACUUUGGGGGAAAAGAAGGAGGAGGAAGGGUGGAAAAAAAAAAAAAAAAAGGGGGGAGGAGGAAGGAGGGGGAGGAGGAGGAGGAGGCGGCGCCCUGCCCCCCCUCCCCGCGGGGUGGAGAAGGGAUCCCGGCGCUGCCCUGGUGUGUAACCCCCCCGCUCCCUCCCCCCCCAACAGUGCGACACAUAGACACAGCGACCGCCCGCCCUCCUCCUCCUUCUCCUCCUCCUCCUCCUCCUCCCCUGCCGCGGCCCCACACUGCGCCUGCCCCGCCCGUCCCCCGGCGCAGACACCCAUCCGCCGCCACACUGACCUCACGGGCUGGGCCGGGGCCGCGCCGGGCUGCGGGGAAACUGCGGAGCGGCGCCCGGACCGGACGGGACGGGACGCGGCGCCACGGGGCGCUCCGAGCACCCACCCGCGCCGCACCCCCGCGGGGGCUGCCCGGCCGCUCCGGCGCUCCCACACCCUCUCCCCCCGCCCUUUUCUUUUAAUUUAUUUUUUUUUAUUUAUUUAUUUCCCUCGUGGAAAAGGAAAAGCCCCGUCUGGAUGAGAGUCGCCGCUUCGCAGCGGGGAGCCCCCCGCCCCGCCCCGCGCUGCCCAGGACGGCGGCCCCGGGGGCAGCGCUCGAUGCCCGCCCUGGCGGUGCUCGCUCGCUCGCUGCACUCCCGCCCCGAGUCCCGGGGGGACCCCCAGGGAGGCGGCAGGAGCCCGGCGGCUCCCCAGGAGCGCCCCCCCUUCCCCCCGCCGCGCGUCUGCGGCUCCGGGGCGGGGGAGGCGGGAGGAGCCGCGGGCGCCCCGGGGGAUGGGAAGGGAAGGAGGGAGGGAGCAGAGUUCAGCGCUGUGUGCGAGGGAGACAAAGUCUGGGGAGCGUGGCCGCUUUCCAGCAGCUCGGGCUGGAACAGCUGCGGCCGCUCGGGGCGGGGUGAGGGGGGGCCUCCCCGGGCAGGGGCCCGGCUGGCUGCCUGCCCGCCCGGCUGCGGGGCGGGGUUAAGCCUCAUUACACGGGAUUUAACGUGUCCCGGAGGCCAGGAGGGACUCGGGCUCUGAGGGUGGGGGGGAGGGAAGCGCGGCGGCGUCGCAGCCGGAGAAAAGUCCGGCCACGGGGCGAGGAAGCGGCCGCGCCCCCGGACUUUCCUCCCGGGCGCUGCCCCGACUCGCUCCGGCGCCCGCGGCGGGAGCGGCACCGGCGGGGCCGCUGGAGCGGAGCUGGCUCGGGGCCCCCCCGCCCGGCACCGCCCUCAGGGCACCCCCGGAGCCGCCCUCCCCGCCGCGGGGCCCCAGCACGGCCGCCCCUCCCUCUCUGCCUUCUCUCUUUCCCUCCCGGGGCCGGAGCGGCGGGCGCGGAGGGAGCGGUCUCGCUGCGCAGAUGCUGAAUCACGAAACGGGUCGCACGGACAGAAAAGGAACGCGGUGACUCGUGUUCGGGAACUUCGCCGGACUUGCAGACGUGGUGGGGACCUAUAGACCCCCAAGGCUCCGCGUAAACACAGCCCGCACUGAGCGCUACUCCUGUGGCGUUUGGGUUUCUAUGUUUGAAUCCCAGUUACUAAAAUGGCCCGGGGUAGCACAGAGGUACAACGAGGAAGGGAGGUAAGGAGGAGCUGAUGUUAGUCGCUAUUUUUAUUUCUUUUUUUUAAGUAAAAAUAAACACAAAGCACUCCAGACCAUUACAGUGCUCUUCCUUCCCGAGUUUUUCACUUGUCCGCUUCAAAGUACUAAAUAAAAAAGGUAUGCUGUGGCCUUUUGCUUGCCCGUUUUCUUCAGAACCGCUUCAUAACAGAAUGCCUUCAUUGAUUCAUUUUCUAGGUUUGUGAGUAAUUAAAUUAGACUUUUGCAACAUUUUCAUGUAAGGUAUUAGAAAAUAACAUCUCCAUCUAUACACAUACAUAUACAAAUAUAUAAAAUUAUAUAAAGCCAUCCCUUUUACCAUGCAAGAACAACAGCUGGAUUGUUGGUGUGACUUUCUUGGCCCUGUCACUGAAAAUGUACUCCUUUAUGCCAAAUUAAAAUAUAUAUCCUGAGCUAAAUGUUUGUGUUAUGAAGUCUGCAAAUGACAGCAUGGGUAUACUGCUCAUACAGCUUCAAAUAUGUGAUCUUAAUCUGUUUACAUGUUGUCUAAUAGAGGAAAGCGCCUUUGAAUUUUCUUAAGUUUGGAUAAUUUAACUGAAAACACUUAAUACUAUACAGGCCCAGACUUGGGUGGAAUAGAGAGAAAAAAGGCAAGGAGGGAGAGGGAAGGGAAAGGCCACAGCCUCUGCACAGUGGGAUCGCUGGUGUGGCAUUUGCUAGAGUUGCCAGGUUGCCAUCUGGUCUACUGAAAAAAAUGGCCAUCUCCUGGAACACUGGCUGUGUGCAUGCGGAUCCGCUGCACAUGCGCCACGGCCUGGGUGAGUCUAGGAUGUGUCAGAGCCACUCUGCAUGUGCAAAUUGAUUGGAGCUGCGACACGUGAGCACACCGUGGGCUCUGAUCAACUGCUCGGUGUAUGGGGAAUAUUUCACAUCCCACGGCACAAAUACGGCCGGUGAAAUCGCUGGAUUCACUUGCCCGUGCAUGGUUCAUCUGGUCCUCCCAUGGGAACAUUUUUUAACACCUUUAGACCACCUGUAAGGGGUUGAGCUUAGGGUUUUGUCUCUUAUAACAAAAACGGAUGCGUGAUUUUAAUUUUUUCUCCUUUUUUUUUUUUUUAACAUAUUAGCUAUGUGUAUGUGUAGCUAACACAAUAUAAAAUCGGCUGGCUUUGGUGGAGCGUGGUCUAGCACAAGGACUUGUGUCUGUGAGUUUUACUGCUGUUCCUUAUCUCUACGUGUCCAAACACAGCUGGGCAGGUCUGUGCUGUGAACUGCUGCAGCCACUGCUGUGGCAAUCAAAGGUGUGAAGAACCAUGUGGGACUGAGAGAGGCUCGUGAACAGGAACCUGGAGAUGGAAUUAUAGGAGACUGUAUUUGCAAGCAUUAUCUAUCACUCAGAGAAGGCAGAGGGACAUAAAUCCAGUGUGGGAGUGCUUUGUUGAUUCAGGGUAUUUGAACAGUUCUCUCAGGAAAAUUUUUAUGUUUAUACCUUGGCCACAGUAACCACCUAUUAUAAAUUAUCACUGUCUGGAAAACACACAUUUUUACAGCAAAUAUGUAAUAUUGAAUGAACAGGUUCUCUGCUUUACUGAAUGUUAAGAGAUCCUCCAGUCCACUGUAAACUAACUCAGGUGAGCUGACACACUUGGUUUGUUUUUUUUUUUUUAACUUUCUAGGACAGGCAGCUCUGAAACUUUCAACUAGAAUUUUACAUUCUAUCCUUUCUUAAAAUAAACAUUUCUGUGGCUUUGGAGUUGUUUCUGAAAUACAAGACCUUUGCAGUGCUGAUUAAACAAGGCGUGCUAAUGGUUUUAACUUCAAAACAGCUUAAAUUGUCCCAGUGUGCUUAAUGUUCAUAAUAGAACAAGCUGAAGAUGGGAUGUUGUCUUAAAUCAGCUAGUUAAGAAAAAUGAUCCUGUUGUAGAAAUAAUUAAAGGAAAAUGACAACCAUUUUGCCUUUAUACAACUAAAGUGGUGUAUGUAACAGCAAUAAUGAGAGAAGUAUUUUUGAUUCUAUCAGGAGUGGCAUCCAGGUACUUUCUUUUUUAUAACAUUAGUUCAGUAUUCUGCCCGUUUUAGGAUUGUUCAUCACUCUACAUAAAGCAAAUAAAAAGUUUAAUUUUUGUUUUCUUCGUACAUGUGUUCCCAUUGCAGAAAAGUCCAAAUUAUCACAAAGGCUUCAUUUAAGCUACAUCAGUGACAUGCUAACAUUUUAGAUGUUCAGUAUACUGAACCACUUCGUCUUAACCUGUGCUAAAUUGAUAAUUGGCUGUGUUGAACAUCGCUUACCUCUAUGUGCUGCUCUGAAAACCGGGGAGAGCUUGGUACCAGUCCCAUAUCCCAUAUGGCCAUCCUUGUAGCAAACUUCAGGAUAAAGGUGCAGUGGGCAGUCGAGUGCAGUAACCACAGCAGCUGCCCAUGAUAUUUUUUUUACAUCUGCAUUCCUAUUCACCCAAGUAGUUCACAAAUAGCCAAAUUACCGUUUUCUAGAAUUAAAUAAAUAGGCCCAAGAUAAUCUAAAAGAGUUGUAGACAAAGCCUAAGUCAAGUGAUAAAAUCGGGAUUACAUCAUACAAAUACGUGACUCCUAGUGAAUUUGUACUAAACUUGGCUGGACUACAAAAAAUGUUAGCAUAUGUUAAUUGUCAUAUGCUAACAAAUGCGUUGUAGAAACCUAGUUUUAAACUUGAAAUGUUUGUUUCUUCUUUUCAUCAGUUUUGCUCUACUUGUCAUCUCGUAGACCUGCCUUACUUUAGGAAACAGCACAGCCUGGAUAGUGGGUAUGACCUAUACACCCUUGAGCGAUGGUGACUUUCCCAGCAGUUUGGUGGGAUCCUUUUUGCUGCACAUGGUGGGGAGUAAGCCUCGCUUCUCAUCCCGAGCAGCAUUCCCAGACAGCUGGAGAACUCCAGUUAUCAGGUGCUCUGGAGCAGUGGACAGGUACUGUGGAGGUCCAGUCUGCCUGGAAUCCAUCUAACUGCUUUCUUUGGAGGCAGCUCACAGUCUGUGAGGAAAAAACAUUCCAUUCCAGUUCAUGUUUUCUCACCUGCUCCCUACCGUGAAAUCCCCUCACUUCUGUUCUACAGCAGCUGCUCCCCACACAAACUGACCCACAGUUUGUAUGAACAUGGGCUUGCACAGCCCAGGCUCCCCAUCCCCUGCCUGCUCCCACCUGAUUAGUUCAGUGGGUGCUAAAGGCAGCGUAUCCCACGCAUCCCAUGCAGUGAUGGAUGUGCCACCUCACACCUUUACACCUCAGUCUCACCAAAGCCUAAGGCCUUUUCAUCCUAUUAAGCUUCUUUGACUGGGCUAAUGCGACUAAGAAACACACCUUUUUUAUCCAUUAAGAUGAGGCCAAAAAUGUUAAGUGCUCAAGAUGCAAGCCCCCAGGGCUUCUCUAUAUAUCGAGUUAUUACACGUGGAGGCUUUUAUCUUCGUAAGAAAAUGUUCUUUUUGUGCAAGCCAAAGUGUGAAUUUAAAACUAGUGGUUAUAGUAUAAGCCUCAUGCAGACUCAUUCAUUCUGGCAUCUUCUGGCUUUUUUCUGCUCAGAUAAAGUCUAACUUCUUUAAUUGAUGUAAGUGAAAUUAAAAAAAAAAAAAAAAAAGGUACUUAGACUGAGUUUGUCCACAAGAGGAAUUAUGCUUGCCUGCCUCUGGUAGUGUUAUUAAUAAUACCUCCCAGUGUGGAGCAGCUUUGUCUAUUAGGAAUGUUAAUUUUGCACAUGUUUGCGCUUAGUAGGACCAUCACUUAUUUACAUCUGAAUCAUCCUAUUUUGACAAGUGGUAGCUGAUGCACUCUACUGAAAUCCACUAAGUUAUUCCAAACCCAGGCCAUGAUUCUGGGGUUGCUAAAUUAGGCAGAGAAGUAACUAGAUGCAUAAAUAAGUUCACUGAAGACAACUACCUCCUGAAUAAGGUUUGUUCUGUGUUUAAAAAUUUGCAGAGAUGCUUAAAUUCUUCCUAAACUAGCAAUUUAUUUAUUUUGUUCUUAGAAGGAACAGUGAACUGUGCUGUGUUACGUUGUAUCAUUUUAGCAUCCCUGUGAAGUCACAUAAAGUAUCCACAAGUUACCUUGGGAACUUCGGUUCCAUUCUUUUUGAAUUCCUGUCUGGUUUAUACAUUUAUGAAACUGUAAUUUUAUAAACUUUAAUAUUCUGAGUUUUAAUUUUGACACCUAUGUGGUGGUGGGCAGCAGAGAAAUAAUCUUUCAUGACAUAUUAUUUGUUGCAUGGGUUUUUUUAAUCCUAAAAGGUAGAAUUUUAUUAGUUUGAGUAAAAAUCAAUUUAGUACCUGAAACCAGUACAUGCUAAAUACUGGAAGAUAGAUGGAAAAAACCCAGAGCCAGUAGCAAGCACCCAGGGCAGUAGCUGGCCCCUUUGUGUGCCCCUUGGGAAAGACAAUAGAUUGCUGUGAAGUUGGGACUUUAUCACGCAGAAAGUCAAAUAAAUGUCUGAACAGUGUUUGCUGUUUGCAGGAGUGGUGCAUUACCCUCAGAUUACUUAGUAGAAAUAAUACAAAUCUGGCCGUGAAGCAGGGGAAAAGAUUUGUUUGUGUGCAAUCCUACAUUUUGUUUUAGUAGGACUGUGUUUUUAUUCUGCGGUUUGCACAGCACCUUGAGCACAGGGGUCCUGGUUCCUUGUCUGAGAUCUUGGAUGCUGUGAUAAUAGAAACUUAAAUACCAUUAGUAGAAAUAAGCUUGUCAUAUGUUGCCAGUUUUGCAAGGAAAUAAUCUGUCUCAGACAGGAUGGCCUCACUUUUAGUGGAGCUGUUACAAUGUGGGAGGGGCAGGUGCCUUGGGUUGUAGGGAGGUAAACACCUGGACACAGGUGCCCAAUCCUGUUUACAGCUGUUUACUUCAAUAACAUGACGUGUCUGAGGAAGAAGGGCAGCAUUUGGCCUUUGGUUUUUGAAGUGGAUUGCAGACAGUUAAUGGGAACGUGUCACAUACAUGAGUUCCAGACAGAAUUCAGUCCUUCACUUCUUUAAUAACCAAUUUUUUAAACCAAUUAGCUACAUACCCAUAUGGAAACAAUAGUAGAGCCUUCACAGCCAAGACUAUACAGAGAUUCUAAAUUACAUAUAUAAUAAAGGCUGUGCAUGUGUUUUCUGGCUGAGAACCAUGUUAUAUUUCAGCCUCAAGCAAAAAUUUUCUCCAAGCUGUAACCCCUCGACAAAAACACACUUUUUAAUGAAAGCCCUGACACCACCUUAAUUACAGUGCAGCAAAUAUUACCAUCAUAAUCCCAUUUCAUCCUUAGGCAAGGAGAGCAUCCCUGGGGACCUGGCUGCCAGUGACCAGUUUUGCAGAAACAACCUUUUCCCCAGUGCAUUUUUUAAUUUAACCUGUGCUGUGCUGCUCGAGGGGGAAGAUGCAUGGGGAGCUGCUCGUGCUCAUCUCCCCAAGCUCCUUGCAGCCCUCCUGGCACUCCCUGCAGCCCUGAGCCUGGAGGAUCAAGUGGCACCCAGGGAUGCCCAGCCUGUAGCCAGCUCUUUGUCUUCCCUACAGCCUCUCUGCCUGCCUCCCAUGGGAGAGCAGGAGCCAAAAGUUCAGGUUCAGAACCUUUGUACCACACAAGAGUCCAGUUCUAGUUCCAAGCUGCUGGAAGAGCCACUCAGACUUUUUUUUUUUUUGCUGGCUGCCACACUGGAGAAAAAUCCUUGUUUUGGAUCCAGGAAUGCAGGGGGAAGGCUCUCCCAAUGCCAGUCCUAAUCCAGGUGGGUGAGAACAGAGCUGUUGGAAAAGCAGGGCUGUGCUGUGCCCAGCAGAGUUGUGUUCAUUUGAAGCAGCCUUGCAGUGUCUCCAGGCUUUCACAGUGUUUGGGUGGGUAAGUAAAAUGUGAUUAGUUUCUCAUUACCAAAUUGAUUCAGUGCAUAGAUUUUGUGUGGGGACUGCAAUACUGAUGGGACAAAUUGGCAAGGCUGUGUGAAUCUGGGUUCUUUCCUUACCAGAAAUAUGGGGAGAUAUAUAUACACAUAUAUACACAGGGGUAUACUUGUGGUGCUUACGCUUUUUUCUCCUGCCUUCUUAAAUCAAAGUAAUAAAUCUGUAUAAUCAAAGGAGCUAGAAUAAUCAAUCUCUCCAAAUUGAUCUGAAAAUCCUAAUUAAGGGCUAGAGAGAAAUUAAACAUGAGGUUUCUUUUCCUCUCUACAACAUUAUCAAUUACAGUACAGUUUUCUAUUAUGGAACUUCUACAAUUCUUAUGUACAGAGUAAAAUCAUGCAGCUGAGAUACUUUCUCUAAAAACAAGCAAAAGCCCUAUAUCUGCUGGGAGGACAUUUCUGUUAUCCUGUUCCCUUCUAUUUAGGUUCUCAUAUGGUGUUAAUCACCAUGGUAUCUUACAGCUUUGUGAAAAUAUAGUGCACCAUAUGUGAUAAAUCACUAAUAUUAAGAAUGAAGAUGCUGGAUAAAAAUAUUUUUCCCAAAUCUAAAGCAGAAGACUUGCAAUAACGGACAAACCCAGACAAGCAGCCUGAGUAAAAGGAGCCGUGUGUAUGAAUACAAGGGAUGGGGUCAGAAUCAUUCCUUAGGUGGUAAUAUUGCAUCCAGUCAUUCUUUGUGAGUGUGAAUGGCACACUCACUCCUUUCUUCCCAUGCUUCAGCUCACUAAAGCACAGGGACUGGACUAUGUUCAAGCCAUCUCCUGUUCCCUCCUUUUCACUGCAGAUGAGUGCUCACCUUGCAGUAUUCAAGGGCAUCAGUCAAAAGAAGAUAAUUUGCCAAUAAAUGCAAAGUAAACUUGUGCUUUUGUUGUUAAUUAGGUGCACACAUAACUACAGUCCAAACAUAAAACAAAAUGUGGGACUGUACUUCCACUGGAAAGAAUGCGCUGAAGUGGUCAUAAGUUAUCCCCCCAAUUGGUAAUCUCAGUUACAUAUUUUCUCAUGGUUUUUCACUUCCCGCUUAGUUUCAGCCAGAUCUGUUUUCUAUUUAUACUGUAAGUGUCAACACAUAAAUAAUUUUCUCUGUUGUAUCCCUCACUAUUGCAUUCUUUUUCUUGAUGGAAUAGCAGAAGUAAUUAUAUUUAUAAAUGGAAUGCCUGUUUUGCCUAAGUAUCACAUAUAAUUCCCUUCUGUAAGAGGGAUUUUUAUAAUUCCUCUAAAAAUGUCUUGGCAAGGAUCGACCCACCAGUUGGUAGUGUGGAUCCAGCCUUUAGGGACAGAACUCAGAAUUCUGAUCCCUUUGGCCAACAGGCAGGAGGGCACCACAUUAAAAAUGCUCUAGUUUGUUUGAGAGAAUGAUGCUGAUGUUAAAUAUGUGCAAUUAUUAAGCAUGCCAGAAAGCAAAUUCUCUGAGAGUUGCUUCCCACCUGUGGAUUUUGCUAUUCAGCACAGAAUUAUGUAGGCAACUGAAGAAUUCUUCAUUGUGGAUGGCUGUGGGAAGAUAUUAAUCCUGUUCUUCAAGUAAGAUACACUCACUGAUCUACUAGACCUGCUCCACCUCUACUGUGUCAUAUUGUGAAAGGAAAUCAAAGGAAUUCCAAGUGAAAGGACAAGUAAUCUCAAGUCCUUCUUAUCCCCUUUCUACCUGCUUUUUCAGCUGCUUUUUGCAGACAAGUUCAGCUGUCCCUUGUUCAAUGGGAGUAGAGCAGAGGGAGAUCUGUUGUGAGCUCUGCAUUAAGAGAAGUCCAGUCUUACAUCUCUGGGUGCUCCUUGAGAAAACCUCAAUCAAACCCAUUAUAUAGGGAUGGUGGAUCCCAGCCACAGGCAGUUCACAGCUCACUCACUGGAUGAAACAGCAACAGGCCUCCUGGAGCUGAUCUACAGUACAGGAGGAGAAAAACAUUAUUUUCUUACUGGGUUCUGCUGUCUGUUUGUGCAUGGGUGUUCUUUUAUUACAGUUUCUCUAAUAUUUGCUUUGAUUAAAGGUGCCUACACCUACAAAGCAGUGAGGCAUUCUGUUCCUACAGAUGUGGCAAGCUUGAGGAAGGUUGUAUUGGAGCAUUCAAAAUUCAUGUCCUGUGUGGUUUAGGAGCUGAAAAUGUAUCUGUGUGUGAGAGAUGUGGGUGAUAUAAGGCGGGUCCUUGGCCUUGGUGUAAAAAAAUUCCUAAAUCUCUGGAGUCUAACAGGGUUUGAAGCAUGACCCUGCAGACUGGUCAGCAUUUCCAUGGUACCCAUUCCUCAGCUGCUGGAGCUUCCAUUGCCCAGUUUUCACUGUAGUAUGAUCAGCAGAACCAAACACUCACCGCUCCUGAAACUAUCAGCUCUCAGUGUUGUAUCUUUAACAUAAAUCAGCUUAAACUAACAGGGGACUUUAAUCGCCGCAUCAGUGACUUGGCAACCAGCACACAUUUGUGUCUGCCAUCCCUGCCCUAGAGAGGCAGGGAUGUCACAUCCUCAGCCACUGCAGUGACAUCCAGGAGGGCAGUGAGCACGGGUCCCACGAGAGCCUGUGCUGCCGUGGCCUAGUUUAUGCAGAUGCUUUGAACAAGCUGGAUCCUGCUCCUCCAACAGUGUCAUUCCAUCAGUGUCAGCUACAGAAUCCAUCAAACCCGGGAUGCUCCUGGGUGGUUAGCCCGGCCCGCUGUGGCUCUAUUCCUGUCCUCUUGCUAAGUCUGACUUAGCUCCUUUACAGCUCUGCCUCCAUCAGCUGCAGCCUCUGAAGCACAGAGAGACCCAAAUCCAUUUCCCACUUCCCUGUACAUUUAAUCAGAGGCCUCUAAGAAGUUUCAGACUGCAGUCUUUCCUUUUCCCUGUGUACCCCCACUAAGGGUUCCUGUUUAUUUAAGGUUUAACUUUAUGACCAGUUUUCCUUUCUCUCAGUAUUCACAGUACAAAUUUCGUGUGUUCCCUCAGCUUUUGCAUUCAGCUGGUUUGGCUGAUUUAACGUCGCUGAUUUACUGGUAUAACUUAGCUUGUCUGAAAGUAAGGAAGAUUGAUGUUGGCUGAAAUAAAAUUCUGAGAUGCUUAUGGAGUUUUAUUGCCCUAGAUUUCUGGAUUGCUAUUUAUUCAAAAAAGUAGGCAGAACUCUGACUUUAGAUUUGCAGGAAUGCCUCCAUUAUGUCAGUGUUGCUAAUCCUUUGAGUCAAGUCAUUGUGGUUAGCCAAUCUUGUUUUUUGUCUCUGUGGUAAGAUUUUACAUCCAGAAGGCUAACCUCAAUGCUCCCCCACGAAAGCAGGCAGAGAUGACAAAGCGUUUCCUUCUUUGACCUCUGAAGUUGAGUUUUGCAGAAAGAUGGAAUCCGUCAAAUCAGACCAAACAUCACAUCACCCUGUAUGAGAACCAAAGGGUCAAAUCCUGUCACUGUAGCAAUAUGUGGAAUAAAAAUGGGCUGAAAUGUAUUUCAUAAAACUAAUUUCUCUUCUAAAAUAGUUUUUCUUCUAAAUUCAGAACUGUGAAAUUCUCUUAUGCUUGUGAGUUAUAUAUACAUGGUUAUGUAUCAUGUCAGAGAAAACUUGAGGUUAUCUGGAUUUCCGAACUGUGCAUUUCAGUCCUGAUUGUCUUGACUUUCCUGGGUUUGUAAUGUUUUGGGGGGGAUAAUUGUAGUAUUCUGAUUUCUUUACAUAACUCCAGUUUAACAUCAUUUCUUUGGGGAAAAUAUGUUGUUCAAUAGACACUUCUGAUAAGAGGAGGGGAGGAGGAAGCUUUAAGGGAGAUCUUCCCCUGUUUUGACUUUUGCCUUUCUCUCCUUUCCUAGUGCUGAUAUUAGUCCAGAGUUACAGCUUUGUGUGAGCAGUGCUGAUAUUGGGGCUUAAAGUGUGGACAAAAGGUGCCUGGUAGAGGGCCUGGACAGCCCUGCUGCCCUCUCACCAAGGAUGGAUCCCAGGCCUAGGGAUGCAGGGUGAGAAGCACGUCUGUUCCUGCCGGGACUGCGCUGGGAUGAAUCCCUUCUGCUGUGACAAGGGCCACGUUGCAGACCCUCAGCACCUCCUCUGGGUCCACACAGGGGCUGUGUCUCUCCUUUCACUUAGCAACAUAAUCAUCCAUGAACUAAAGAACUCUAUCCCACCCAGAUGGGACUGGAGCUGGUUCUAUGAGUGGAAGAUGUUUAAUAUCAGCAUUACAUCAUAUAAAAAACUUUGGCUUGUCACCAUGAGAUUCACUUGUGCACUCUCUGCUUGGACCACUGGUGCUGUGCAAAGCAGCUGAGGCGAACUGGCCAUUUGGGCCAGGCUUAACUGCUACUUUAAAUCCUAGGAUUAUCACAAGAGAGCAGGAGUAUUCGCUGUGCUGGAGCUGCCUCCUAACUGGGCACUCUGCUGCCCUGGCAUUUUUCAGACCAGUGACAGGUCAGAGCAGUGACAGCAGGUGGAUGACCAAGAAACCUGCCACUGACAACCCUUUGCAUGCAGUUGAAAGGACUGGUGACUAAACAAUUCCCUCUAACUGGAGCUUUUCAAACCAUAAAAACAGUUUGGAAACUACCUCUAACAGUGGAGGGACAGCUGACCACUUUGUCAUCGCUGCCACUUUGGCAUCACUUAAGACUGACCUGAAUUCUUGAUCUGGCCAGUCUGUUGAUCUAUAAUCAUAGCAAUCCGUUAAUUACUUGGUUUAAUUAUUAUAAUGAAAGGUUUAGCUAUACCUAGCUUUGUGAGUUUCCAUGUUAUUUUUCACUGAGGUAAUUUUCAGGCAUAAAAGAUCCAGCAAGCAAUGCCUUAACCCAUUCCACAAAGAAUGUGGAGCUUUACUGGUAAAUUCUCAAUACAGUAUUGUCUGCUCAGGCAGUAAAUAUCACAGCUGUGAGAAACAUGCUGUAUUCUUCACACACACACACAACAGGGGACUGGAAUUCCUCUCAGUGCUGUUUGAGCCAUGCACUCAUGACCUGUACUUCCAUAAUACCUCUUUGCUGUGAUAUUAGCACCAGGUGUACCAUCAGUACACCCACCUUUUCAUGUAAUCUCUGAUAGAAAGAUGCAGUUAGCAAAUGGCAUCAGGUAUUAAUGCAGAAGUGACCUUUUAAUGUCAUGCACAGAUACACUAAGAAAGAACUGCCACUGAAAACUUCUGAUUAAAGAUAAAAGUAGACAGCCUGUAAAAACACUAAGAUAAAAAGUAAAUCCAUUUGCCCUGAGUUUCCCCUGCUAUCCCACCUCCUACUAUAAAUUGAUGUUGUCAGCACUCAUGAUUUUAUCACAAGUCUUGUGAUGUUUGAUGUUUCACUUACACUCCAGCUACUACAGUUGUGUAAUGAGGUUAGAAACUCAGCUUUCCCUUUCCUUUAAUUUAAAGUAAGCUUCUAGUCCUAAUGGUUAGAGUAUAAAGCUUGCAAGUGUGACCCAGGUGCACCCUAACAGCUCAAAAACCAGAAAGCACAGUAAAAGAGCUCCACAUUUAUCAUCCUACAGUCAGGCUUAUGAUUUCGAGGGUCAAACUGUAGUUCUUGAACAUUUGGAGCUGGAAAUAGCGACUUGGGGAAAAAAGCGCUUGAACAAAGUGCCGCACCACGUUGCAUUUUCCAGGGAAGCAUGUCAGUCAUUAUACCUCAGUGAUAAUUCCCUUUUCAGACAUGCACAUUUUCCUAUUGGCUUUGUUAUGCAGCAUCUCAGGGUUCCCCCCCAGCCUGACAGGGCUGGAGGGUGUGCAGUGCUCCUUAGUCCCCACAGACUGGCACGUCUGUGCUUAAAAACCUGUAAAACCAGGAAUGUCCUGACUUCCAGUCUUGGGAGUUGAUCUGCCUUUUGUGAAGCUCCAUCAAGAAACAAGGAAUCCCCCACCCCUGCCAAUGCAGCAACAAAGGGGCAAACAACAACAACAACAACAAAAAUGCAAAUAUGGAAAUACAGUAACAUUGAAAAUGGCUGGUUUGACUUAAGGAGCCCACAAUGUGCCAAGUUUUGAUGUACAAACCAAAAAUACUCAGCUGUUGGUUUUGGAAAAAACAAGCUCCCAAUAGCAAUAACUCAGAUUUGAAGGAGGCACGAUAUUUAAAUGGAGUUCCAAAUUAUCAAAGACAGUAUAACAGUAUAUAUAAUUCAUACUGAAAGUACAAAUUAUGCCUAGAACUGAAGGAGUAUCCAAAGCAGUGAAUGGAGUCUGAGUGUUGUAUGGGCACAUCGGUCAAAACUUCUCUGCAGUCACAGACUGGUGGUCCCAAAGGUCCCUCUGUGUUGCCCUAAAUUAUUGUGUAAUAAUUCUGGGGGUGACAAAAUUACAAAUAACUGUGACAAAAACUAACUCCAAAUUAAGAAAAAGGUAGAAGACUCUGAGACUCAAUUUCUGCAUGACUAAACAGAACAUUGAGGGAGGUUUUAUGUUUCACAAAUUUAAAAGUGUGACAAAAAUUGGAUAAUAUUUUCAAAGAACUAAAGAAGCUCAACUGAUCCUGCACUGCCUCUACACUGCCCCUGUUAUUAAUUUUGCCCUUGAAUUCAGCAAUAAUUUCCAUGUGCUAAUUUUCAUGAGACUGACACUUUGCUUCUAAACUGCUUCCCCUGUAGAAAGCUGAAGAAACCAUUAUUGACUCUUGAUCCCUUGGCUGAGCAGAUUUCUGUGCAUCACAAGCCACAUUAUUUAAAGCUGUGGACUUAUAUUUUUUAUCUCUAAGUUAAAGGUGCUGUGAAAAAUCUGUGUCUUGCAAGAGAUACAUUCUUCAGCCUAAGGAACUUCUAAAUAACUUGGAAACAGAUAUGCAAAAACAUUGGAAGGGUCUGCUUUUUUUAUGUUAGUUUCUGUAAAGAGGAACUUUGUUUUUAAUCUUCUCCAGCUUCUUUCUAGCUCUAUUAUCUCUAAUUACUUUCAAAUAUACUCAAAUCAUCCUCCCUAUAUUGAAAUGAGCUGUCUCUUACUCUCACCUAUGCAGGUCUCUGGUGCUGUGAUAACGUCAGGUGUAUUUUUAAAAUCUAAAAUGAGUAAGGUUUAAAAGAUUUUCCCACCUGUAUUGUCCCUGCUUCCAUGGCAGUCUGUGACAGGACUCCUGUUGGUCUGGCAGGACAAUUUAAUGCUGGUUGUUGUUUUUUAAAUAACGGAAAGUGUAUAAAUUCCUUGUGGCACAGCUCUGUGUAGAUAAAGGUGUAUUCAAGCCAUCAAUUUUACUUUGAAACAUAUGAAUUAAAAUUCUAUAACUGCUC